AUGCCGCCGAAAAAGCCAAAAGUGUAUGUUAAACCUGGCGAGGACGAGGCAGAAAGCGAGACUCACCAUGCUGGAACGCAUGACGCAGCAGCAACAAGUGCGCAGAGCAACUCUGAUCUGGCUGACCUGAUACGUACUAUCAUAAGAGAAGAAAUAAGUGUGGUGGUAUCCCAACUUAAAACAAUCAAAGAGGACAUCUCUGGGUGCGUAAAGAGGAUUGAUGAAGUGGAUGAAGCUUUAUCGAGUGUGGAGGAGCGCGUUGCGCACUUGGAGACGGCGUGCGAGGAGAUGCGAAAAACCAAUCUGGAGCUGAAGGAUAAAGUGGAGCGGCUGGAAAUGCACAGUCGAAAACAGAAUGUGCGCGUAUUUGGCUUAACAACGGACAUUGAAAAGGGUAACCCGACCACCUACAUGUCCAAGUUGUUUAAAGAAGCGUUCGAGGAGAAAUUACAAUCGGCGCCUGAGGUGGAAGUUGCGCACCGGGUCGGGCCUGCGGGGAAAGCCAAAGAGAGAGCGAUGAUUGUGCGCCUCCAGAACCGAGCUGCCAGAGAGGAGAUCCUGAAAAUCGCGAAAAAGGACGGGAUGCUACAAAUUCGCGGAAUGAAUUUAAGGAUUUUCCCGGACCUGACCUCAGAGAUGGCAAAGAAACGGGCCGGCUUCAAGGAGAUCAGGGCCAAACUGCGGGAUGCUGGUCAUCAAACACAUCUGGACUCCAUAUUUAUGAUGCUGGAGGACAACAUGGUGACUUUCAUGAAGGAGGAGCUGAAGAAGAUGAAGAAGCUCCUGAGUCCAGAUUACCCAGAAUGCUCAGAGAGUGAAUGGGAGGAUGAGGAUGAAGAGCAGAGGAGCAGCAGAGAGUCAUUUCUGAGGAUCACACUGGACUUCCUGAGGAGGAUGAAGCAGGAGGAGCUGGCUCAGCGUCUGUGGAGCAGGAUUUCUGCUGGAGUCUGCCAACAGAAGCUGAAAUGUGACCUGAAGAAGAGGUUCCAGUGUGUGUUUGAGGGGGUCUCUAAACAAGGAGAGUCCACCCUCCUGAACCAGAUCUACACAGAGCUCCACAUCACAGAGGGAGGGACUGCAGAGGUCAAUCAGGAACAUGAGGUCAGACAGAUUGAAACAGCAUCCAGGACAGCAGACAGAGCAGAGACAAGCAUCAAACCAGGAGACAUCUUUAAAGGCCCACCUGGAAGAUCUCAACCAAUCAGAACAGUGCUGACAACGGGAGUGGCUGGCAUUGGGAAAACAGUCCUGACACAGAAGUUCACUCUGGACUGGGCUGAAGACAAAGACAACCAGGACGUCCACUUCACAUUUCCAUUCACCUUCAGAGAGCUUAAUGUGCUGAAGGAGAAGAAAUUCAGCUUGGUGGGACUUGUUCAUCACUUCUUUACUCAAAUAAAAGAUGCAGGACUCCACAGCUUUGAAGACUUCCAGGUGAUCUUCAUCUUUGAUGGUCUGGAUGAAUGGCGACUCCCUCUGGACUUCCACCAAACUGAGAUCCUCACUGAUGUUACAGAGUCCACCUCAGUGGAUGUUCUGCUGAUAAACCUCAUCAGGGGGAAACUGCUUCCCUCUGCUCACCUCUGGAUCACCACACGACCUGCAGCAGCCAAUCAGAUCCCUGCUGACUGUGUAGACAUUGUGACAGAGGUCCGAGGGUUCACUGACCCCCAGAAGGAGGAGUACUUCAGGAGGAGGUUCAGAGAGGAGGAGGAGGCCAGCAGGAUCCUCUCCCACAUCAAGACCUCCCGAAGCCUCCACAUCAUGUGCCACAUCCCGGUCUUCUGCUGGAUCACUGCUACAGUUCUGGAGAAGGUGUUGAAGAGCAGAGAGGGAGGAGAGCUGCCCAAGACCCUGACUCAGAUGUACAUCCACCACCUGGUGGUCCAGGCCAAAGUCAAGAUGGUCAAGUAUGGUGGAGGAGCUGCCACAGAUCCACACUGGAGUCCAGAGAGCAGGGAGAUGAUAGAGUCUCUGGGAAAACUGGCUUUUGAUCAGCUGCAGAAAGAAAACCUGAUCUUCUAUGAACCCGACCUGACAGAGUGUGGCAUCGAUCUCAAAGCAGCCUCAAUGUACUCAGGAAUGUUCACACAGAUCUUUAGAGAGGAGAGCGACCUGUACCAGAACAUUGUAUUCUGCUUCAUCCAUCUGAGCCUUCAGGAGUUUCUGGCUGCUCUUCAUGUCCAUCAGAUCUUCAUCAACUCUGGAAUCAACCUGCUGGAUGAACAACAACAACCAUCCAGGUGGUCAAACCUCUUGAAGCAGAAACCGAAACUCCACCUUCUCCAUCAGAGAGCAGUGGACGAGGCCUUGAAGAGUCCAAAAGGACACCUGGACUUGUUCCUCCGCUUCCUCCUGGGUCUUUCACUGGAGACCAAUCAGAGUCUCCUUCGAGGUCUGCUGACACAGACAGGAAGUAGCUCACAGUCCAAUCAGGAAACAGUCCAGUACAUCAAGAAGAAGCUCAGUGAGGGUUUGUCUGCAGAGAGAAGCAUCAAUCUGCUCCACUGUCUGAAUGAACUGAAUGAUGGUUCUCUGGUGGAGCAGAUCCAACAGUCCCUGAGAUCAGGACGUCUCUCCACAGAUGAACUGUCUCCUGCUCAGUGGUCAGCUCUGGUCUUCAUCUUACUGUCAUCAGAAGAAGUUCUGAAGGAGUUUGAUCUGAAGAAAUACUUUGCUUCAGAGGAAGCUCUUCUGAGGCUGCUGCCAGUGGUCAAAGCCUCCAACAAAGCUCUGUUGAGCGGCUGUGGUCUGUCAGAGAGAAGCUGUGCAGCUUUGUCUUCUGUUAUCAGCUCUCAGUCCUCCCAUCUGAGAGAGCUGGACCUGAGCUACAACCAUCCAGGAGACUCAGGAGUCAAACUUCUCUCUGCUGCAGUGGAGGAUCCACACUGCUCACUGGAGACUCUCAGGUUGAGCUGCUGUGGUCUGUCAGAGAGAAGCUGUGGAGCUCUGUCCUCAGUUCUUAGCUCUCAGUCCUCCAGUCUGACACAUCUGGACCUGAGUAACAACGACCUGCAGGAUUCAGGAGUGAAGCGUCUGUCUCUUGGACUGGAGAGUCCUCACUGUAAACUGGAAGCUCUCAGUCUGUCAGGGUGUCUGGUCUCAGAGGAAGGCUGUGCUUCUCUGGUCUCAGCUGUGAGAUCCAAGUCCUCCCAUCUGAGAGAGCUGGACCUGAGCUACAACCAUCCAGGAGCCUCAGGAGUCAAACUACUGUCUGCUGCUGUGGAGGAUCCACACUGCAAACUGGAGACUCUCAGGUGGGAAGGCUGGUCAAUUGAGUGUCCUGGAUGUGUGGGGUCCUCCUGGAUCUCUGUGGCCCUUUUGAAGGAGACGUGUGAGAGCAGUAUGGAGCGUAAUGGAGAUGUAGUCAAACUGGUGUUGAUCAAAGAGAGGCGUUUUGUGGGCCUUGGCAUGCUGUAA